UUAAACGAAUACAAGAGAAUCAUUCUCAUUAUUAAUGGAUCCUUCUCGAUUUUUCUCGCAACAUUCAUCUGUGUCGUAAACGCUGUUAUCAUCUUUGCAACUGCCAGACAUCCUUUGCCUGCAGUUAAAGUAAUCGAUCAAAUCCACAAGGCUUUCUUCUACGCUAACAUUCUGGAUGCUACAUUAUUUCUACCAUAUUUUGGUUUCGCUGAACUUUUACAUGGUCUUGGUAUUAGCGAGAAGAAAGAUCUUUUUCCGAGCUAUUUAUCUUCAGCGUUCCUCGUUUUCGCGCAAUCUAAAGUGCAAGUCACCUUCAUCAUUUUAAUUGAGCGCGGAGCUGCUUUUAAUUCUCCCCAUUUCCAUCGCCGAAUAACAAAAAAUAAUAGAAUUUUCAUGGUGUUACUGACUGUAGUGUUAUUCUCGUUGCUUUUCGUCGGACUAUCUUUUGCAGGGAUGAAAGAAACCGUCUACUUCAGCAUUCAUAUUCAUCUCUUCUUUACCGCGCCGCUUUUGUUUAUUCUCGUUACGACUUUCGUCACUUACUGGAAGCUGAAAAAUAGAAACCGAAUUGUGAGUAGCGAGAUUCCUCCGUCUAUGGAACAGUUGGAAUUCCACAAGAAACGGAGCGUGCGCUCAGCCAGAAGAUAUUUGAUCGUCAUAGCCUCACUCAUGAUACCGAUGUUUCUAUGUAUUUUGCCGUGGUAUGUUGUCACACUCGUUAAAGUGAACGCCAACCACGUUUAUUUAACAAACAAUUUAAGGUUUCUCUGGCAAAGAUUUUCCAUAACGCUAUUGUUUCUACCAGAUGUUAUUGGCCCCAUAACUCUCACCCUUCGUUUUAAAACAUAUUAUAACUCAGUUAAAAGCCUUCUACGAAGAUAA